CGGGCCCAUUGCUUUGCUUCGCACACACAAACUCACACUUACACACGCGCGUAUCCUUUUACUGCUUGUUGUCUCGGUCCAUGGAUGUUGUGAUACACCGAGCAGAUCGCCACACUGCUGCCACGUCUCUCCAACCCGCCAAGCAGCACCGAUUUACUUACCCUGGAACAGCGAGAGGGGGCAAGAGACAGAGAGGAUCCCCGCGUCUCAAGUGAUUGUGACUGUGUUCUGUCCCGGACUGCCGGAUCGGUGUGUGUUAUCUUCCGCGUGAAGAGCGCGGCUUUCCGUGGCGCAUGGAGAAAAGGUAUGAAGAGCUGGUGCAGUACCCAGGGUCAGAGAUCAUGCCCAUGGGUGGGUACGGGGAGGCGAUGAGGUCCCUACCACCGUCUCACUAUGGUCACAGUGUUCCUGACUCUCUCAAACACUACCGUGAUCAGAUCUACGGCCACCCUCUGUUUCCACUCUUGGCUUUGGUGUUUGAAAAGUGUGAAUUAGCUACAUGUUCACCGCGUGACUCCAGCUCAAUGUCAAAUGCGUCCCAUCAUCCCGGCAUGACGGGGCACAGCGACGUCUGCUCUUCCGAAUCAUUCAACGAAGACAUUGCAGCUUUUGCCAAACAGAUCCGUUCAGAGAAACCUAUCUUUUCUUCAAAUCCAGAACUGGAUAAUCUGAUGAUUCAGGCCAUCCAAGUCUUACGCUUUCACCUACUAGAGCUAGAAAAGGUUCAUGAUCUGUGUGAUAAUUUCUGUCAUCGCUACAUCACCUGUCUUAAGGGCAAAAUGCCCACUGAUUUGGUGCUAGAGGAUCGCGAGUCCGGAUCCAAAUCUGACAUGGAGGAUUUCACAGGUUCUUGCACAAGUCUUUCAGAGCAGAAUCAGUCUUGGUUGCGAGACACAGAUGACUGUUUGUCAACGCCGUCAGGAACUCCGAGCGCCUCCUGUGGACUUGCCGCACACAGUGUGGACACUUGCAGUGAUGCUGGAGAUGGAUUGGAUGCUGUAGCAUCUCCUAGCACAGGAGAAGAGGACGAGACAGACCGAGACCGACGAAACAAUAAGAAACGAGGGAUCUUUCCCAAAGUGGCAACCAACAUCAUGAGAGCUUGGCUCUUUCAGCACCUAUCACAUCCGUACCCUUCAGAAGAACAAAAAAAACAACUCUCUCAAGAUACAGGACUCACCAUCCUUCAGGUCAACAACUGGUUUAUAAACGCCCGACGUAGAAUAGUCCAGCCCAUGAUUGACCAGUCGAAUCGCUCAGGACAAGGUGCCCCAUACAGCCCAGACGGAGGAGCGAUAGGAGGUUAUGGAUUAGACAGUCAGCCUCAUUUAGGCCUUCGUACAGCAGGUCUUCAGGGAAUGCCGUCUCUGGCUGCAGACUACCCUGGCACGCUCUUGCCCCAGCCGGGUUACACCCAUGCAGCUCCCUCGCUGCACCCUUACCCCGGCCCCCACCCCGCCAUGCUCCUGCACCCACCCCCCCAUCCGCACUCUGCAGAGCCUCUAAUUGGACAAGGCCUGGACAUCCAUGCCCACUGAGAGCAGGGGAGGGGAAAGAAACCGGGCUCACACACUCAGAGUGCACUAAUUUCACCUCAGUAACAUGAUGGCACGAUUUCAUAAACUUCAACACCAUGUCAUGUUAUGACACUAACCCUUUAUUAUCACUGUCUUAAAAACUGACACGAAACCUCUUAUGUCUUUUUUUACAUUAGUAACUGAUAUCAGAGGCAACAAAGUGGCAAGGCUCAUCUGUAGGAUUUAUCCAACUGUAUAAAGGAAUGAAAUGGAUCUGGAUUUUGCUUCAUCAGCAAAGUGUUGGGCCAAAAUUUUUAGGUCCACCAACCAAGAACUGAUGGUAGUCAGGGAGGAGAUGUUCACGCCAUGACACGUUGUGCUAUUUCUUAUCCUGUGCCAUAGUUAAAAUUUCUUUAAAACAUGUAUAAGCACAACAAAUUAUUAUUAUAAUUUUUUUUUACAAAUGAUCUUGAUUAUAUGGGGUGUAAUUGAUCUUUAUUUGUAUUUCAGAUUUCCAUUGAAUUUUUAUUUUUCUGGCAAAAAAUCUAUUCAAAGUUAAUUGAUGAAUUUUAUCAUGCAGAUUGAUUAGUCUUUAUUGUUGAUGAAAUGUAAUGAUCCAUUAACAAGCAUUUUCAGGCAUGUAAUUCAUUCAUUUACUCCCAUAUUCAGUGUUGGAUUUGACCGUGGUGGUGUUCAGUCUCAGGGUUCUAUGUGCUGUUGUUGUUUUGGUGCUGCGUCUUUUGUAUUAUUUACCUAGAAAGGUGUAUGUAGUGUAUCUUUAAUGCUGUACCAUAAAAACUAAAUAUACUCCUACAUUAUGUAGCUUAAUUCAUUUUCAAAGCUACACUACAUCCACACUUCCAGGUGAACGAUACAUAAGGAGUUUGAUAUGUCGACGGAAUUGGAAGAAAAUAUCCCAGAACCCCAAAUUCCAUCGGUUCCUGGUUUGGCUUGUCCUUUUUUCUAUAGUGUGCAGUGGAAAAUAUCCCAUACUGUACAGCCGCACUAUCUGUAUGUUGUCUGAAAUUUCUCACACAUUAUUAUACACAACUAAUUUUGCACGGUACAUGUCUGGUUAGACUCAUGUCUUCCUAUGGCCUUUCUGCUUCCUGAACUGAAAUCCGGGGCCUUUUGGAGCCUCUCUGCCUUGCCCAGCGACCGCUUGUCAGGAUCGUGAACAGAGGAGCACACCAGAUGUCUGGUGCCUUCACAACUCUACCAAAAAAAUUCCUGUAACUGACUCCUUGAACCGAUGUAUUCAAGCCUUGCCACAAACCCAAAGACUUAAUUGCUGGAUCUGUUUGACGAGUUUGAACUGUGAAUAAUAGCUGGGUUCCUCAAGCAGUCCCAUAUGCUACGGACCAAUCCUAGUCUUCCCACAAAGAGGGCAGUUUUAACCCCUUGUCAUUAAUGGCACUGUUGUCAUUUGUACACCAUAUUUAAUUUAAUUUUUCUUUAAUGUUGAAUCUAUUUUUGUAUUUAUGUCUGUCAAAGUC